GGCGCAGUCAUUAAGUCAACACUGAUUCUGCUUACUCCAGCUAUUGAGAGAACUGGAUUCAACGCGUAUAGUUCCUUAUCUUACAGGUUUUGAACAUCUUUCAUACGUCAGGAUUGUGCUUUACAAAUUAAUUCAUAUUAGGAUGAGCUUAUAUUAUGGGAAGUUUUCGCAGGUCAUUUCAACUGUUUUGUUCGCAUUAGUGACGAAUUGUGAUGGUGAAAUAGGAAGCUGUGCGAAGCAUGGAGAACGCUACUACAAAAAUGUCCAGACGGCAUGUCUUCAUGUUCAAUGCAUUCAUGGAAGAGAAACGUUUCUUCAAGAUCACAUGUGUCGAGAUGAGUCUGGAACGUGCCACAAGCAAGGCCAGGUUCUCACACUGUCUCAGUGUAUGACCAAGACAUGUGUCUUGAAAAACAAGAAACUUUUCUACGAAUUCUCUGCACACGCUUGUGCAGUCGAUGGACAAUGCGUUGACCUGAACUCUACUCUAACCAUUGGCUGUGUUACAUACAAAUGCUCACAGGUUGAAAACGGUCAUAACAAUGUUAUCUUGAAGACCGGGGUAGUCGACGUGGCAUGCCAAGAUUCCAAUGGUGCAUGUCAUCCUGUUGGCGCCAAAAUAAGUUUGGAGCAAUGUGUGGAACACACGUGUAAGCUUUCGAAAAAAGGUGUUGGCUUUGAGCUCACUAAAGCUGAGUGCUAUGACCCUGAUAUGAACACGUGCAGGUCUGUAGGUGAGCAGUGGACAGCCUCCAACUGUCAAAGACUUGUUUGUGAAAAGUCUAUGUCAGAUCAUGGCAGUGUGAAUCUAAAAUUAAAAACUAAGUCUUUAGGUUGCCCAAAUGAAGCAGGAGAAUGCUUUUCUCCUAAUGAUGGAAAAACAUUUACGAAACGUAUUAAUAGUAGUUUACUACAAUGCCAGUGCAUCAGCAGUAAUGAUAGCCAGAAUAGACCACAGUAUAAAUGUUACAGUUAAAUCAUGCCUACGUGACCUCAUUAGAUAAAAAGGUGGUUUGGUUUUGAAGUUAAAUUAUUAUUUUAAAAAGAUUGCUUAAGUCUACCUAUCUAGUAUGCAUUAAUUUUAAGUGAUUUGUAAAUUGAUAGAAAAAAGUUUUAUUGAAUUGGUAAUUCAAAACUCAAUGGAAAGUAUAUUCGAUGAUUUCUUAACUACAGUCCGCAGGUUAUAUCCAGACCAUGAUACACUUGGAAAUUUUAGUCCCAUGCUGAAAAUUACUAGUCUAAAUUAUUUUCAGAUUUAAAUUAAAUUUAUAAAUGUAACCAAAUAAUUUUAACACAAUACCAUUUUUCAUAAAUGUACAUGUUAAAAUUAGGGUGUAUAUUAUUUUGUGCAACAUAAAAUUUUAGUAUCUCACAGAAAAAAUGCACUGAUCCAGAUUUCAAACUACUUAGUUACUGGUGCCGGGUACAUCAUUAUGUUUUGUAUUUACAUCUAAAUUUAUUUUUUCUUGUUAAUAAAUUCAAUUGUUUAAUACUC